AUGAAAGCUCUUAUUCUCGUUGGAGGGUUUGGGACCCGCCUCCGUCCUCUGACCCUCACUCUCCCUAAGCCUCUAGUGGAGUUCGGAAACCGGCCCAUGAUCUUGCACCAGGUUGAGAGCUUGGCUGCUGCAGGUGUGACUGAUAUUGUGCUGGCUGUCAACUACCGCCCCGAUGUUAUGGUUUCGGCACUCAAGAAGUAUGAGGAGCAGUACAACGUGCGCAUCGAAUUCUCGGUCGAAUCGGAACCGCUGGGUACGGCUGGCCCGCUCAAGCUGGCGGAGAAGAUUCUGGGCAAGGAUGACUCGCCCUUCUUUGUGCUGAACUCGGAUAUUAUCUGCAACUACCCGUUCAAGGAGCUGGCCGACUUCCACAAGAACCAUGGCGAUGAGGGUACCAUUGUGGUCACCAAGGUGGAUGAGCCCUCUAAGUACGGUGUCGUGGUCCACAAGCCCAACCACGCCUCCCGCAUCGACCGUUUUGUGGAGAAGCCUGUCGAGUUUGUCGGCAACCGCAUCAACGCCGGUAUCUACAUCCUCAACCCCAGCGUCCUGAAGCGCAUCGAGCUGCGCCCCACCUCGAUUGAGCAGGAGACCUUCCCCGCUAUUUGCAAGGAUGGCCUGCUCCACUCCUUUGACCUUGAGGGCUUCUGGAUGGAUGUGGGCCAGCCCAAGGACUUCCUCACUGGCACCUGCCUCUACCUCACCUCCUUGGCCAAACGCAACCCCAAGCUCCUCGCUGCCAACUCUGAACCCUACGUGUAUGGUGGCAAUGUCAUGGUUGAUCCCUCGGCCAAGAUUGGCAAGAACUGCCGCAUUGGGCCCAACGUGGUCAUCGGCCCCAAUGUCGUGGUUGGCGACGGAGUCCGCCUGCAGCGUUGCGUUGUGAUGGAGAACAGCAAGGUCAAGGACCACGCGUGGAUCAAGUCCACUAUUGUGGGAUGGAACAGCUCCGUCGGCCGAUGGGCUCGUCUGGAGAAUGUCACCGUUCUGGGUGACGAUGUCACUAUCGCCGACGAGGUGUACGUCAAUGGUGGCUCGAUUCUGCCCCACAAGAGCAUCAAGCAAAACAUCGAUGUCCCUGCAAUCAUCAUGUAA